AUGAGAUCCUCCAUGAUGAACGCCGUCGGAAAAGAAUCUGUCUUGUUACUCGAACAUAUUUUCAAAUCCGAUCAUGGGAAACAAUUAGUUCUUCAGGUCCGUAAAGGAGAUUUGACGAUGGAAAAGGUCGACGCCAUUGUGAAUGCUGCCAAUGGUCGUCUUCAACACAUGUCCGGUCUAGCAGGAGCCAUUGUCAAGAAUGGAGGUCAAUCGAUUCAAAUCGAGUCCAAUAAGAUCAUUAAACAGUUGGGUAGAGAGUUGGAGAAUGGUGAAGUGGUUGAAACCACGAAUGGUGAUUUGCCAUGUAAAAUAAUUUUCCAUGCAGUUGGUCCUAUUUGGUCAAGUUUUAAGAGUAAAUCAUCUCCUGUAGGUACUGAACAAGAGGAUUUUGAGUUGAGUAUGUGUGUGGAAGCUUCUUUGACAAAAGCGAUUGAAAAAGGAUUCAGUUCUUUAAGUAUUCCAGCAAUUUCGAGUGGAAUAUUUGGAUAUCCAAAAGAUCGAUGUGCCAAAGUGUUGUUCAACACAGUAGAGCAGUUCUUUAAGGAAAAUAAGGAUAAGAUUCCAAUGGAUCGAUUAGAAGUUCGAUUUACAAAUUUUGAUGAUGAAACUUGUAAUAUUUUCUCGAACGAAUUCAAGAGUCGAUAUUAA